AUGGCUUCAUCUGUAGCUUCACAGGAUGCGCCACUAGAGUCAAACAAGAGAAAACGUGUGGACGAGGAGGACGCUGCCGAAAACACAAACAGACCAGCAGGAGACCAGAGUCAACCCAGCAAGAAGAAAAAGAAAAAGCGCUCAAAGGCGACGAAAAAUGGCAGUGAAUACGAUAUAAAUAAGGUCAUGGGCAAGGAUGGAGGAAUUGAUGAAUCGAUUGGCAGAAUGGAUGGGAAGCUACUUGGAGAUUACUUUGCCCAGCGAGUUAAGCGGCAUAACAAGAACUUGACCGCGGUGGAACUGGACGAUUUUUACGUUCCAGAACAUGCAUUCCUCGAUACCUCAUCCUGGGACUCAUCGCGAGACCUUGAGAAUAUGCCUUCCUUUUUAAAAGCAUUCAGUCCAGAUAAAGGUGCUUCUCUUUCCAAGGCCUCGGAGGCAAAGGGAUCUCCGCAUACACUAGUGGUAACCCUUGCAGGGCUUAGGGCAGCAGAAAUAUCAAGGACGUUGCGGCAAUUCCAGAACCAAGACUGCGCCGUUGCUAAGCUUUUCGCCAAACAUAUCAAACUAAAGGAGGCCCAGGAAACUGUGGAAAAGACGAGGAUGGGAAUAGGCAUUGGAACACCGGUCAGACUAAAUGACCUUAUAAAUUCAGGAUCGUUAAAACUUGACUCGUUAGCGCGCAUUGUGGUUGAUGGCUCGUAUGUUGACCAGAAGAAACGAGGUAUAUUCGACAUGAAGGAGCUACAUUUCCCUCUCAUUGAGCUCUUAAACCGAGCCGAGCUACGGGAUCGAUAUCAGUCGAAGAAAGGGGACAAGGUGCAGAUACUUGUCUUUUGA